AUGAGCGAUCAAACUUAUUAUUACGAGCUCUAUCGUCGUUCCUGUAUUGGAGUAGCACUUAUGGAUUCGCUCGACGAUAUGAUCAGCAAGGGGAGCAUCACUCCCCAGCUCGCCUUGAAGGUUCUGUCGAAUUUUGACCGCAGCAUUGCUGAGACCCUGGCCAACAGGGUUAAGGCCAACUUUUCUUUCAAGGGCCACUUGGACACUUACCGAUUCUGCGAUGAUGUCUGGACCUUCCUGGUUACAGAUGUUACUUUCAAGUUCCCGCAAAAAAACAAGCCGACUAUUUCUACCAACAAGAUUAAAAUUGUCUCGUGCAAUUCAAAGAAGCCUGGUGAGGAGUAA